GACGGUGGGCAACGACGAGCAGGCGACCGGGGCUCCUCGAGACGAGAGGAUAGACAUGGUGCAGGCCCUCCAUCGUGUGCAUCUUCCUUGUUCCUCGAAAAAAUCCUUGGUUAGAUCGUGACCGUUUUGAGAUCCAAUGGCCGGGAAAAUUUAAGAAAAGUCUGGAGAAUCCACGGUGAAGAAACUCAGGCAAAACUGAAAGAACAUUUCCAAGUAGAUUCAUCUCUCGCGCCGGUUCUUUUCUCCAUAAAGGAACUUGAAGAUCGACGUCGGUCGAGAGAGAAGAAAAAUAGUCAAAGUGUGAAGAUGAUAAGAAACCAGUGAAGAAGCAUGAAGCAGGUCUUUGGUGACUGUGACGCAAUGUUGGUACAUAGCUGAGUUAAUUCGAUGUAAAAGUCGCGAUAGAUAGAUCGUCGAAUCGAAGGUGUCGCGACAUAUCAGUGACAACCGUUGUGUUAUGGUGGUGAGGACUGUUCAGGAUCGACGUGGAAGAAAAAGAGGAAGAAGAAGAGACGGCGGCGAAGCUGGGGGAGUUUCUUUUGAGGAAUCGCUUUUUGAACGGUGAAGGGAAACGGAAGACUAAAACUUAGGGGAAGAGGAUUACAAGAACGAGAUUGAUUUGCUUCGACAGAUUGUCAAAUGAUGGGUGCAGCGAGAUCGUGCCAAUGGUUGCUCAUAGGAAUAGUCCUCAUCGUAUCCUCGAAUCGUGCCACCAGUCAAACAGAGAUCUCAGGAUCGAGCCUUAGCAAGCCAAAGACGAUCUUCAGUUCCAGCUACAUCGAGCCGCGAAGCAACAAUGGGAAUCACACGGACUUAAUUCUAAAUUCGCCUCGCAGACGUCGAUAUGUUAGAUUUCCAAGUGGUCCAGCCGGCUAUCUUUUCGAGGGUGGUGGACCUCCUAUAGGGAGGAACAUCGGUGUGCCUCCUGGAGUUCGUUUUCCAUCCUGGAGACAGCACAAGUCGUUGUGGAGAAAUCCUAUUUCCGAGUACAACAGACCCGUGAUGGGUCAUCGAACUCCACGAUUGAUCUUCCGUGACAACGACAUCCCACCCCCGGUGGGUGGCAGCGCAUCCUCGUUUUUCCAACAGUCUAACCACUUGCCAGAUUUUGAGGACGAGAUCAGAGAUCAUCGAAAGCAAACCCUCGACGAUUACCCUAGGUUAGAAUCAGAGCCGCGUCAACAAAAAAGACCGCUGUGGAAGGGUGACGAUACGUUGUGCGCUGACGGACGAAGCUGCGAAUUUUUUCUAAUGUGCUGGAUGUCCGCUGGCCUUUUGGACGGCAGUUGCGGUGGCAUCAUGUACGCUUGUUGUCAGCGGAAAGAACCGAAAGGUAGCUCUGAUUAUAACCUGAUUGAGGCACCUAGAGAUCAAUCUCAGCCGCUUCCGUUGGAUACUUACACGGAGACCGCCAAUGAUGAUCGCUGCGGGAUUCCCGUCUCGAAGCAAACCGCGCAAAGAAGAAUCGUCGGAGGCGACGACGCAGGAUUCGGCAGUUUUCCAUGGCAGGCGUAUAUACGAAUCGGGUCCAGUCGAUGCGGCGGCACUCUCGUUAAUCGAUUCCACGUCGUCACUGCUGGUCACUGUGUAGCUAAGGCAUCAGCUCGUCAAGUUCAAGUCACUCUAGGUGAUUACGUAGUGAAUUCUGCUAGCGAGACAUUACCAGCUUACACCUUCGGUGUCAGAGAGAUUCGCGUUCAUCCUUACUUCAAGUUCACUCCUCAAGCUGACAGGUUCGACGUGGCUGUUCUACGAUUAGAUCGUCCGGUUCAUUACAUGCCUCACAUAGCGCCGAUCUGUUUGCCCGAGAAAAACGAGGACUUUCUAGGACAGUAUGGAUGGGCUGCUGGAUGGGGAGCAUUGCAGGCUGGAUCGAGGUUACGUCCCAAGACACUACAAGCAGUAGACGUACCUGUGAUAGACAAUCGAAUCUGUGAGAGAUGGCAUCGGUCCAAUGGGAUUAACGUUGUGAUUUAUGACGAGAUGAUGUGUGCUGGGUACCGUGGAGGUGGCAAGGACUCCUGCCAAGGUGACAGUGGUGGGCCACUGAUGUUGGAGAAAACAGGACGAUGGUACCUAAUAGGUAUCGUUUCAGCGGGUUACUCGUGUGCUCAGCCAGGCCAGCCAGGAAUCUAUCAUCGGGUAGCUAAAACGGUCGACUGGAUAACCUACGUUAUCAAUUCGUAGCGAGACGAAUCAAAAGGGAUAGAGAUUGUUCUCUGUAAAAACUUUGCAUGAAACAAAGUUUACGACACGGUAUUGGAUAGGAUCUCUGACGAUUUCGUAACUGGCUGGCAAAUGAUCGAAUGAUAGAUGCCGAGGAUCUAGGAACUGUGUAACUGGGAAUUUCGACGAUUCUACGCUCGAGGAAUGUGAAACAUUGUGACGAGAUAAUGUUUAAAGUCAGGAACAAAGUUGUCCGUCUUCGAGGUGGAAGAACUGUUGCUAUCAUGCAUCGAUUUCUAACAUAUAAUUUUCUAACGAAACGAGGUGAUGCGUGGAAAUUGUUUUAACUUGUAAGUCGCGCCCGGUGAACUUUCUUUCGUCGAUUAUCUAAGCCUUGCGAGGCAAAAAGCGUCUACAUUCUUGACGUACGGUGUGAAAUGUAACGAUGUGGAUAUUUUGUAAAUUAAGUGCGUGUGAUAUUCGUUUGUAUUCGCGCUUAAUAAAUGUUCAGUUUUUUAUUUUA